UUUCCUCCCCCGACUCAGUCCUGCAACUCAACAUCCCGCACCUGCAGCACCCCCAAUCCGCGCCCAGCAUCUUGGACCCUCCCUGCCAGUCAAGCAGAACAGCGGCUUGGCGCGUGGAACAAAGGUCGAAGCGGUGGCGCCCGGCGGCCGACAGGGUACCUGUGCUCUGGGGCACGUGUGGCGCUUGAUCGCCCAACCCUCGCUUGCCCUCAUAAGCGUGGCAUGCUCGUACGCCAGCCUCUUCCCCACUCACCAUGGCCGCCCCCCUCCCUCUCCUCAAGACCUCGCUGCUCGCCGGCACCGUCGGCGUGAUCACUGGCGCGGGCUCGGGCAUUGGCGCCGCCGCUGUGCGCUGCUUCGCGGCUGCAGGCGCCAAGGCGAUCUACGCGUCCGACAUCGUCGACCGCAACCUCCAAGCCGUCGCGGACGGGGUCGCGCAAGAGGGAUACGAGAGCGAGGUCGUCGGCGUCAAGACGGACGUCACGAAGGCGGAGCAAGUCGAGGCGCUCGUGCGCAAAGUCAUUGCCGAGCAUGGCCGUCUGGACUGGUUUUUCGCCAACGCCGGCAUCGUCGACUUUGAAGUGCUGAACACGACGACGCCCGAGGCGCUCACGCGCAUGCUCGACGUCAACGUCGUCGGCGCCUUCAACUCGGUGCAGUGGGCCGCGCGCGGCAUGAUGAACCCGAGCGAUGCCAAGCCCUCUCCCGGCGGCAGCAUCAUUGUGACCACCUCGCUCGCCGCCACGUUCGGCGGCAUGGGCGCGCCGGCGUACACGAUUUCGAAGCACGCGACCGUCGGCCUCGUCCGCGCCGCCGCGACCAACCUCGGCAUGGCGGGCACGGGCAUCCGCGUGAAUGGCGUCGGGCCGGGCCCGACGGCCACCGCGAUCGGGCAGAACAACAUGCGCGGCGCGUCGCCCGCCGCCAUGGCCGCGAUGAUGGAGCGCGCGCAGCACGCCGCCGCGGACCCCGCGGUCAUGUCCGCCGUCGCGCCGCCCGAGUAUAUUGCGCAGGCGGCGGUCUUCCUCGCGUCGGAUAUGGCGGCGGGCAUCAAUGGCGAGAACAUCAUUGCGGACAAGGGCCUGCGCCAGAAGCCCGACCCGUUCAGCGGCCUCAUGUUCAACCCUAGCAUCGAGCCUCUGUAGCGUGUGUCGACAAGUUGGUGGCGCUGUAGAGAGAAGAGCCAAACGGUAUGAAUGGCAGAAUGUGCAGCACACCAU